AUGAGAAGUUCAAGUUCUAACUAUUCACUUUAAAGAGAUUUCUAAAAAUUUGAAUCCAGAUUAGAAAGUAGUGAUUUGAGAAAUAGAAGUGGAAUAAGAGAUAAAAAACAAGAUAUUGGAUAUACAAGAAUCGAUAAUAAAGAAAAUUAUUAAAUUUAAACAGGAAAGAAUCAAUUAUUUUCAUAUGGAGCUAAAUACUAGCAUAAACUCCAGAUGUAAAAAUCGAAAGUAGAAAUUCCUGUAGUUGAAGUUAAAAGAGUGGAUGAUAAAAAAAAGUUGAGUGUAAUUUUCAAAUUUUAUGCAUCCUUUGGAGACAGAACAAAUAUUGAUUACAUUCGAUCAAAUAAAAUACAUAAAUUGAUGUCAGAUUCAUAAAUAAAACUUUAAAGAUAAGAUUAAUAAUAAAUUGAUUUACUUUUUGUUAAAGCCAAUAGAAAUAAACCUAAUAUGGAUUUUGAGAACUUUUAUUACUUUUUAGAGUUACUUUCUGAAAAUUUAUAUGGAGAAAACUCUUUUUAAGUUUUAAUGGAUGAUCACUUAACUCCAUUAUAUGAAAAUAUAAUCUCUUCAACUGAUUUAGGAGAUGAGGAGACAAAACUAUCUUAAGAAAUUGAUGCAGUGUGUGUAAAAUUAAUUUAGGUAGUAAUUUAACCAAUUACUUUUAUUUAUAAUAAGUAUUUUCCACCUCAAUUUAAGAACUUUAAUUUGAAAGAUUAAUAAGAAGAAUUGAUGUUGAAACAAUAGAUUAGAUCUUCUUUAUUUUUAUUUUUAAAAGAAUUUGAAAUAUGUCCUUAAUUUAUAACAAAAGGAUCUGCAUAUUUACUUUUAGAUUAUAUUUAGGCUGAUCAAAAUUUACCUUAAAUUUGUUAAUAAAAAAAGUAAAAAUCAAAAUUUGAUUUAAACUAAUUUUGUUGUUAUAUAAUAAAAUUAGCCAUGAUGACUCUUUAAAGCUUUGAUGAUUCUACUUAAGAAUAAUAGAUUAUAACCCCAUUAUAAAAAUUAGCAUUUUUAUUUGAAAGAAUGGAGUUGAGUUAAGGUUUUAAUAAUUUAGAAAUACCAUCAAACAAUUCUAAAAUGAAUUGGAAAUUAAAAGUACCUGAAGAACUUAUAGAAUUAGUAAUUAGUGAUCCAGAUGCAAUUUAAUAUUUAAACUCUACUACAUAGAGAAUGAAGAUUAAUUAAUUAAAAAAUGAAGAAUUCUAUGAUGAGUAGGUGAAAAGAAUUAAUACAGUGCCUACAAAUAGAAUUCGACCAUCAAUCUAAAUUAAUAAAUAAUUUGAAGAAUAAUGUUAAUAGUUAUUUUAAGAAAAUUAUACAUAAUUGUUUAAUAUAUAUAGAUAAUAUUCUGGAAUAAGCCAAUCAACAGGACAAGAUAAUGAAUUAGUAGGUAGUAAAUGGAUGAAAUUCUUAAAAGAUGCUAAUUUAGUAAAUUUUAAUCUUGUUGAGAAAAAUAGUAAAUUAUCAUACUAGAUACCUCAUAAUGAGAUAGAUCUAAUAUUUGCAAAAGCAUGCACCAUAUGUUAAAACCAUAGAACAUCAGUUCCAAUGAAAUAAAAGAAAUAAACAAUGAAUUUUAUUUAAUUUUUAAAAGGGAUAUAGUUAUUGACAAAUGAUAUACAUGUGUUAAAAACAAUUUUGAAUAAUCAUGUAUUGCAUUUAAUGAGUUAAGGACCAGAAAAUAAAAUGAAAGAUCUCCUAUCUCAAUUAAUGAAUUUGUUAAAGGAUAGAGAGAUAGUUGAAUUUCUGGGAUUGUUACAUAAAUCCAUUUUAGUAUAUUAUAGGUAAUACACAAUUGGUAAAUAAGUUAUGAAUUUUGAACAGUUCUAAAGAUUUUAUAAAGUAAAUAUAAUUUGAUAUAAAUAAUUAGGAUUUUUCAAUUUUUCCUGAUUUAUUAACAAAAAAUAAAAUAGUUUAAAUAUUUUAGAUAUUGUCAAAAUUAUAUGAGAAUCAAGAAAAUUAAAACAUUAAGGGUGGAUUAAUUGAUUAACACAUGUUUGUUGAAUCGCUUGCACUAUCAGCUUUAGAGAUUUCAUAUAAUGAUGAUGAAAAUUUAAGUUAGUUAGAAAAGGUAAAUAAUUUAAGAAAUUUAAAUGAUAGAUUUAUUUUUUGAUUGAGAGAUUAAAUUAAUCAGAUGGUCCUAGAAUUGUUCAGAAGUAAUUAGGACAUACAACGUAAGAAAUUAAAUAUUUAAAAAAUAUAGUUGUCCUUCUGGUUAAGACUGGGAUUUAUUGUAUCAUAUAAAAAAGAGAUUUUCAUGGUUAAUUUAAUAGCAAGAAUAAGUUUCUUACGAAUAAUGA